AUGUCUUUCAACCAAAGCAAAUACCCUGAAAAUAAUCCUUUUUCACUUAAACAAAAUAAUACUAAAUAUAAGUAUCACGUUAUUAAUGAAGGAUUUUAUCCACCUAAAGAUAAAAUAUGUUGUACCGUAGCAAGUUCUCGUAAUGGAUCUAAAUAUAGAGUUCUAAAUAAUUAUCUAGUUCAGACCAAGUAUAAACAGGAUGGUCCAAUUUUUAUAAUAAGAUUUGAAGAGAAUUCUCAACAAUAUGUAUUAAAAUCAAAGAAAUCUCCAACCAAUAUUGCUAAUGACUAUCUUCAA